AUGAAUGAGAAUCUUAAAUUUGAAUGUGUUUUAAAUAAUAUGCCAGCCUAUCUAAUCUGUGAUUAGCAUAAUUUAGAAGUAAAGACUAAAAAUGAAAAUCUAAAAUUUUACAUUUCACUGAAUCUUCAUAUUUAAUGGGUAUACGUUGAUGGUCAAAUUAAGGAGGCUCAAUUUUAGAAUAAUUAAUUAAAGGGUUAAAGAGAAAAUCUAGAAAAAUUGAAAAACUUAUUGGAUUGUCGAGUAAUGUAUUUAGGUGCAGCAGAAAUAUAUGAAUAAAGUUUAGUAUUGAAAGAGAAUGAAUAAAAGAAAGUAUAGAUAUUAGAUGAUAACAUUAGUUAAUGAUAGUAAAAUCAUUAGUGAAUGGGGAGAAGUAUUUUUGUAAGGCAUAUAAAAAAGAGAUAAGAGAAAAUGAAUUUUAAUUUUUGAAUGAGGUGAAAAUUUUAAGAAUGUUAAAAGAGAAUAAACAUGUAGUAAAUUUAAUAGAAGUAUAUGAAUCAUCACAUAAUUAUUACAUGAUUAUGGAAUAUAUGAGACAUAAGCUUGAUUAAGAUUAUACUCAUGAAGAGAAUUAAAUUAUAAUAAAAGAAAUCUUAAAUAUUUUAGAUGAUAUGAAUAAUAAAUUAAUACUCCAUGGUUAAAUUAGACCAAGUAAUUUAAUGUUUGAUAAAUUCAAUGUUUUGAAAUUGAUAGGGUUUAGCAAAGCUAGGGUGUUAGAAGAUUUAGAUGGAGCAGAUAUUUUUGAUUUACAUAAGAUAGUAUUAUAUUUGAAUGGUUUGAGUCCAAAAACAAUAAAUUUAGAAAAUGGAGUAUUUCCAAGUAUUGCAUCACAUGGAACAAACUUUUUAAAAAGUCUUAUGAAUAAUUCUUAAUAUAGAAUAAAUAUUAAAUAAGCACUUAGUCAUCCAUUUUUAAGAUGUGAAGAGACAGAUCAUUAGAUUGCGAGAGAAGAAAUGAAAUUGAAGUUCAAACAUAGUUUUAAUAAUUUUUAAUGA